CUUUUCUAUUGACACUUGAAUUCAAUUGGCUACUGCUCAACCAAUAGGAUUUGGGGGUGAAUACAGCUCACAUUUGAACUAUUUGGUCCCGGACACACAGACAAAAAUAAAACGAAUUAAGCAACGUGAUUGGUCUAUUUCGAUUUAAAUCGUCUUUUUGAGACGAUUUAUUCGUUAAUUCAGUUUUAAUUCACUUUGAAUUAGUCGGUGUUCGGGGCCUUCGCCUUGAUUUACUCUAAGAAAGUCGUUUUCCCUAUCACUUGAUUUCUAUUGGUCAGUGCUCAAUCAAUGGAGCUUCGAGGCAAGUGGAGUACAAAUUCGAGUUCUCCAUCCCGAAAAACUCUGGAGUAUCGCCUUUGCGAUCAGAGGAUAGAGCUCUAAUUGUGGAUCACAUAGAGCGUGGACAAGAACAGAACCGAUUUCCGUUUAUUUAUCUUUGCAAUAGGUGAGUUAGCUUCCUUGUUUCUUGAUGUUUUAUAUACCAUUUUGUAGCUCGUGAAAUUCUCUGUUGAAUGAUAUAUAAUAAUUGGGGUUUUAUGUGACCAUGAUCGGGAAAACCUUUUACGAAAGCAAGGACUGGUUGAUUCUCACAUAGGAAAGCAUAGGGGAAAAUAAUUAUUUUUACAAUAACUCACCAAUGGCUCGGACACUCAUUCUCAUCUUCGAACUCAACCGAGAUAUUGUUGGGACAAAACUGUGUAGAAAAUUUCAUCACGAUUGAACUCUGCUUUCAAAAGUUAUCGCGUAAACGGCCGGUCGCUCGGCCGGACACACUGACCGAUUCUAGAGUGUACUUACUUUUUGAGUACACAAAAAUUUUGCUCUUGAAUGGGAAUAAAUAUGCGGUUGAACCUUCUUCUUUUUAUUCUUCUUUUUUGCUUUUUUCUUGCUUAUUUAAACGUAUAUACUGGAAUGGACGAAGAGAACUAACUUGUAAAAAUUAAAUUUCUUCGUCCAUUCCAGUAUAAAAAUUCAAAUAGGCAAGAAAAGAGCAAAGAAGAAGAAUAAAAAGAAGAAGGUUCAACCACAUAUUUAUUCUCAUUCAAGAACAAAAUUUUUUAACUCUAAAAAAAAACAUAUUACGUUCGAAACGUCGGUUAUAAUAUAUAUUGUUAUAUAUUUAUAUUUACAUUUAUAUAUUUUACUCUCCAUUACUAUGUUAAAUUUUUAUUUAAUUGUAAAUAAUAAUUUAUAUAAAAUAUUUAAUAAAUUAAAAAAAAGCUAAAUUUUUUUAAAAAUGAUCAGUACAACCUACCUAAGACGUAUGAACUUUCAUUCUGAUUUCACAACAACAGACAUCGCUUUACUCUGAUACAAACCAAUCACUGCAGCCUCCUGCAAAGCUGAAAUAAACUACUCAUAACCUAAUAAACCUCAUUAAAACUUGUAUUUGCAUUUACUGUAUUUUCUUUUAUUCAAAGACAUAUGAGUUGCACAAAAUUAAAUAUAUUUAUUAAAAAGUAAAAUUGCAAAAACUAAUGUAUUUUGGUAUAAAAAGAAUAUGUCUUUCUAAAAUUUCUCCAGAAGGGGCUCAAAGGUCCGUAGGGGGGGGGCUCAGCCCCCCCUGGCCCCCUGCUGGCUACGCCACUGACUUAUACAAUCAAAUUCACCUAUUGGUGAGGUUCUCACAGCUAAAAUUGUUCCAUGUUUUGUUGAAUUAUUAAAAUUUCAGCAAUUUCAAAUUUAAGUAAGAUUUAAAAAGAAAUAAUAAUAAUCAAAAGAAUUCUUCUUUUUUAGGAUUUAGUUUGGAGUUGUAUUGGUUACAAAUAUUAUAUCAGCAUCAGGCAAUUCAAGUCAAACAACACAUGUUAUUGAUGAUGUUAGUAAUGCACUAGUUUUUGUCAAAUUAUUAAGUAAUGUGAAUGAAGAUUUUCAGAAACAAGUUAAUCUUUGUUAUUUAUUUGGUAUCUUUUCAUGUAAUGCACAUUUAACAACAAUACGAAAUGCUGGAUGGCGCUUAACAAGUUUAUGUUGUGACAAAAAUCCAGCUGUUAAUUUUAAUAAAGUUACUCUAACAUUAUCCGUACUUAGUCGUUUACUUUAUAAUCUUGACUUGGAUGCUGUUAUUGAUGCAAAUAUAUUUCCAUCAUUAAUUAAUAUCGUUAAACAUGGUGAUUAUAAAACACGAAAAGAUACUGCUUGGGUUGUAACAAAUGUAACAUCAGGUAGUACAUCACAACAAAUAAACAGAGAAGUUAAACGAACGAAUAGUUACAAUUCAUAUGCAAUUAUGAUUGAAGAAUGUUUUGAUUUAGAUAAAAUUGAAUUAUAUUUUGGUGUUGAUGAAGAUGAAUAUCUUUCACAUCAAAGAGAAUUUGCACUAUUUGAAUUUGAUACAACAAAUAGUCAAGUAAUAUCAACAAUAAAUGAACAAAUAAAUCCAAUUAAUGUGGAUAUCAAUCAACAAUUUAAACAAGAUUCUUGGUUAAUUACUCUUUGUGUUCUUGAAACUCCGUCGAUAAUCUGUUUAACUGAUCUAAUAACAUUUACACUUGUUGUCUUGGAUAGUCUUGAGGAUGCUAUUAUUAAUCUUCCUACACCUAUUCUAUCAAGUUUAUCUGAAGUUGAUAUUGAAUCUAGUGCACAUAAUACAUCCGAUACAAAUGUCGUUAUUGAUAUAUUACCAACACUAGUAUCUAUUCUUGUUAGUAAAACUAAAAUAGAAAAAUCAAUUACAAACAAAAAUCUUGAUUUAUCAGUAGAAAAACGAUCGAGAUUUGAAGGAAAUAUUCAACAUAGAUUAAAAAUAAUUGCAAGACGUUCAGGAGAUUCAUUCAUAUCAUCAUUAAUGAAUAUAAAUGAUAAUAGUCAUGAAACUUCAUCAUAA